UCCCACUUCCCUCCCUCAUGAACACAGCCACGCUUUCAGCACUGCUUCUUUCUGUAUUCAAAAUCGCUCAAAUCUGGACCGGAUUUAGCUCUUAGGCUACUGUGUACAAGAAACGCCGUUUCGUUCAUUACGGUAAAUUAAUCAGGGGUUGUAUUCAGGACCCUUCCCAAAACGCGCUGUGGACCCAACUAUCUAACUUCUACCCAAAAGUUUUUUCAAAGGAAUUUGGUUCAUGUUUCAGCCGCGCAAAGACUGGACGGAAACAUAAUUUCACGUCUGCCAUGGAGCUACAUUUGACUCAUAAGUAAAAGCGUUUUUUGUUUGGCAUCAGUGGUGAUUGUCGGCAGCCACUGGAAAGGAUUUACAGAGAAUGGAGCGGUCCCGUUAACUUGAUCGCUUUGGCAGAGCUCUGUGCCAGAACGGACUCCUGUUGUGCUCCUACUGUGCAGUUGUGUGUGUGCUGGACAUCCCGCCACGGAAGCUAUGGGCUGCGGGUUAAGAAAACUAGAGGACCCGGAGGACAGCAGCCCCGGAAAGAUCUACUCCACUCUGAAGAGACCGCAAGUCGAGACCAAAACAGACACCGUGUUCGAGUAUGUGCUCCUCGACUUCAGUCUGGAAGGCAGCCGCCCCACGGUGCAGUAUGUGUCCUCUCUGUGCGAGCUGCCCCAGGCCCUGCAGCCCUACUACACCCAGGGCUACGUCCUGACCACCCUGCACCCCAUCAUCCUCUCCGUGGGACGCAGCCGCUCCCUGCCCUUCAGCCUGCUGUACCGCGCCAUCCUGGCACGGCCCAAACCCAGUUUGCAGCCGAUGUCUUUGUGUCACAGUGUGCCCAUGCUGAGGGUGGAGGAAUGGCCGCUACCGGGAGAUUCUCUGACCGGCGACACCGUCCGAGCCCUCAUCGACAGAGUGAACAGCAGUUCCCGGGGGGGCGUUCGGUUCGUGUGCUCGGUGCUCCAGCAGAUGAGCGGCGGGGGCACCGGCAGGGUGGGCAGUCCCAAGCACGGCUGUCGCUCACCGCCGCACACCCCGCCCAGUACCCCGCCCGGCGACCGGGAGGUGGAGGAGAACAGCUACAGCCCCGACCUGAGACUGUUGGUGUUUUUCCACUCUUGGGCGGCGGGCUGCGCACCUCUGGACUCGCUGGCGUGUCAGUACCACCAGGGGGCACUGUCCAUGCGGGUCUCCAGGAAGGGUCAAGUGGUCAGCGCUCUGGAGGCCGAUUGGCUGGAGCUAACUGCCGCCUACUACCGCAAAGGCUGGUCAUUGGUUGACUCAUUCGUCUACUGGGACAAGCCCAAAGGCGAGCCCGUCCCCAGGUCUAUGGAGGGGUUGUUUGUCUAUGAGGAAAGAAGCACCUGCCCCCCCGCCAAUGACACCAUCGUGGUGGAGCAGUGGACCGUCAUAGAGGGGUCCCAUGUGAAAACGGACUACGGGCCCCUUCUUCACACGCUGGCCGAGUUCGGGUGGCUGCUCACGUGUGUGCUUCCCACACCGAUUAUCCGACAUGACAGCGAUGGGAACCUGGCUACCAAGCAGGUGGUGUUCCUCCAGAGGCCAGUCAGAGGCCAGCCAGCCGGGCAGAAGAAGAGCCAGACCUUGCCGGCGCGGGUCUCAGUCUCCAGCCCCUCCAUCAGCCUGGGAGCGGAGAGCCCCCUCCCCCCCAUGGAGCUGUCUCCCACCGCGGGGGGCAUCGGGGGCUUCCCGGUGUUUGGCGGCGGGUACUCCAGUACCCUGUCCCACCUGGAGGAAGGGGGCUUCGAGCAGGAGGAGGGCAAGGCGGAGGUCACCUGCAUGUAAAAGCAGCUGAAAAAACACUACCCGGACGGACGGACGGACGGACGGAUGGACAGACGGAGCCCUCCUCCGCCUACGGACCCCUCUGUCCCCGACUGAAAACCUAGGACUACGUACUGGAUUAUAGGAGGAGCUGGAGGGAUCGUUCAAGGGCGGAAAUGGAUUGGUUGUGAGAACGGAUCAUGUUGUUCCUCCCAGUAGCUCUACACCUCAAUUGAAUACUCAUCAGAAAGUCUUUAUCAGCACAAUGAUCGAUGAUAGGCCUGUUAGGUGCUAGGAAAAUAUAUUUGUUCCCCUCCACAGUUUUAACCUCCUUCCCUUUAACAGAAACUUUAACAUAGAGGGACGUGAACUUGGCACUUUGUGUGUGUGUGUGUGUGUGUGUGUUUACUGAAGCCAUAAUUGUGUACAUUGUAUUACUUGCAUAUAGACCUAUGUUUAAACAUUAUGUGCAAACCAUCGUUCGGGAUGAUGGUUAGCAGAUGGCUAACGACGUUAAGAUGCAAGAGCCUUUUCAACCUUCUCAGCCGUUCUCAUUCACUUUAAGGUAAACGCGUGUCGAUGUUUGUUUAUUUUGGGAUGUUCACACAAAGAUAGACACAUCUCACAGGCCGGUCUUUGGGGAAAAACACUUUCAUGGCAUGGUGGUGGUCACCUGGAGAGUCGCCACAGCAUUACCUUUAACUGCAGUUACCAGAGCAGUUCUUGACCACAUAUCUUCACUGUUUUCUUUGCUGUUUAUUUUAACAUGGUUUAUAUGUUGUUGUUUUUUCUAUGGGGCUUCUACAUCUGCUAACCGAUCAUUGAAGUCUGAAAACAUUCAGACCUAACUAUUUAUCUUCUGAUCUUACAUUUCUGUAAUGUCUGUUCCAACCUAAGAUGGUGCAGAAUCGCCGUACUUAUUCAGGGUAGCCCUGAUCAAGUAUAACUGGGUCCUGGGUGUUCAAAGCAAAUAACAUUUAUCCAUCUUGGUAUGAGUUGUUACAAAGAUAUUUUGAAGGGGGAGCAGUAGUUGACUGGAUUAGGUGUAUUACUGAAUUAGUGAUGUCGUAUUCGUUCGAACAUACACUGAAAAUCUCUGCUGGGCAACCGGUUUUGGGAUAUUUCGUUGGUGGCCGAUGGGAGUCAGACCUUCAUUGAUAUGUUUUGACACUGGUUCACUGAUGUACACAAAAAUCUAGGAUUAUAUCUCCAACGUGCUUAUCGCUUUCCUUGGACACUUCUGUAGAUCGCUGCUCAAUGUUUCACAUUGCCAUGUUGCUGGAAACACUCAUUGGUCCACAGCUUCAUUACUGAAUCUGGUAUUUCAAAGAGUGUUGAUUGAACUGCCCACCCUUUAAUGCAGAGAAAGCAAAUCAGACUCCUACGAUAGGGCUGCAUACUGCUGUGUGUAUGUUGAAGGCCGACAUGUUGUAAGAACGAAUAUGACGCAAGUAUUUUGUUACUGGGUUGUCUUUUGCCGUAUUUCUUUAUUCAGUAUCCGUCCUUUUCAGGAAUUACCUGAUUGCAGUAUUAUUAUUCCCCAUCUUUCUUUUUGGGAAGUUGCAAGUCUUUAUUUUGCCUAAUUUUACUGUAUUAAAAAAAUGCUUUACCCCA